CUUCGAUCGGCUGGCUCUAGUACAAAAAUGAAAAUAUUUAUAAGUAUCAUCACGACUUUGUUAGUGAACCCGAAUUCUAUGUCUGUCUCAGGAGAGGAGAUAAUACCAGAUUCAAUAAAUCCCGUGUGCUUCCAAUUCACGUGGCCAGGCCCUAGAUAUGACAACACCAGUCAAAUUAAUAUAGAUUGUAAGAAACUCAACGAGCCGUGCUUUAAACCGAUUGUUGCUACACAACGUUUUGAAUUCAACGAAUGUUAA